AUGGCCAAAGACAAGAAGAAGAAGAAGAGGAAGUUAUUUUUGGCUGGAUUGGAGACCCCAAUGGCUGAAGACGAGAGGAAGACAGCCCUGGAAAUGGUCCAGGCAGCUGGGACAGAUGGACACUGUGUGACAUUUGUAUUGCACGAGGAGGACCAUACCCUGGGAAAUUCUCUUCGUUACAUGAUCAUGAAGAACCUGGAAGUGGAAUUUUGUGGUUACACUACAACCCAUCCUUCAGGGAGCAAAAUUAAUUUGCACAUACAGACUCGAGGUGCCCUUCCAGCUGUCGAGCCCUUUCAGAGAGGCCUGACUGAGCUCAUGAACAGAGUCUGCCAACAUGUGCUUGACACGUCUGAAGCCAGCAUAAAGGAAUAUAAGGAUCAAAAAGCCAGCAGAAAUGAAGCCACAUUCUAGUCCCUUAUGCACUAUACAGGGAGGA